AUGGCAAUGGAUAGAGACACGUCGCUGCCCGCUUGGCCCCAAACCAUGCCUGAGGACCUUCUUGUUCCUGUAUCUGGAGAAGAGGAAUUUUCAAAGUAUCUGGAUUUCAACUUCAACUUCGCGGACUUGGACGAUGUCGUGAACCAGCAGCACAAUGCCAUUCACGCUUCGGCCCCGGAUAUUUCAACAUCAAUGCAGGACGUUCAACCCCCUGGAAUGGCCCAUCACCAGCAGAUGCAGAAUACUUCUGAAGCCCCGGACUAUCAACCUGAGCUUCACCAGUUGCACCACCAAAUGGGCAUUCAAGGCAGCAUAAAUACGACAGACGCGAACGCAGCACCACAAUUCUACGCCCAGAAACAGCAAGCUUUCCUCCCGCAACAGAGCUAUGGGCAGAGACCAUAUAUUCCGCCUACCCCCAACAGUGCCGAGAUGCAUGCCGGAAUUCCUCAUGGGCUUUCCAGGUUGGACACUGAUAGUCAUCGACACUACGAGUACUAUGCAAGACCCAAUGAUGACCAUAGCGCGUUUACCCCUUCGCUUUCCCCCGCGAUGACCCCUUUAGAACAGCAGUUCUGUAUGCCAGAAUAUACUGUUCCUGGUGAAUACUUUACUCCCCUCACGUCACCAGCUCUGGAAGCGCGAAAUGCGAACGGCAAUGGGUAUAUGUUCAAUGGCACCACAUCACAUACUCCAGAUAUGAGUUUUAUAUCUUCGCCGGUAGAAAUGAGCAAUCAACUUCCAAGCGCCUCUGCUCCAUCGUCUCCGGGGCUCGCACGCAAACAGCGACGAAAACUGUCCUUUUCGACUCGGGCCGGUCCACGACUAGUUCGUCAAUCUCCGUUAGUUCGUCCCCUUAGUCGUCGAAAACCUAGCUUAUCCGGCCCGUCGGAUGAUGCUACCUUUUUUGCGAACCAUGAUAAGAACUCAAGUCGACUAUCAGUAAACCAGGUCGAUGGGUAUCGCCAUCCAGGAAGCACGGAAAGCUCAGGACAAGAUUCUGUUUCCCCAGAACCCUUGUCAGAACCAUUGAUGCCUCCGCCUGCGCUCCCACGAUCCGCAAGGUCUCCGUGCAUUGGAACCCAAGAGUCAAGAUCUGAAGCAAUUGCCCGUGAAGCCGCAACGCCUGCUACUUUGAUGAAACUACAGCGACGAUCCCAGCCUACGCAAAGUUCAGAGCAUCAAUUCUCAAGAAGCGGAAACAUCGUUAUUAACGAAUAUCCUGACGAGGCGAUGGAAGAUAUAUCGUUGCCUGAAGCCGCUUCCUCAAAUUCUGAACUUGCUACCGCGUCAUCUGGAACAAUCGUGACGAACAGUGAAGCAACUCCAACGAUCGCGGCUGAACAGACGCCCAAGUUGAACCCAGCCAAAAAUGGGUCUUCAGAACGUCCAUCAAUCGCCUCUGUUACACCAAGCCCCCAAAUCGCUGCUACGGCAUCUCCAACUGGGCCGAUUGGCACCAAGCGGGCGGAUUCAAAACCGAAUAGCAGAGUGUCCAAGAAACGACAAAGCGUUAGCUCCUCGCAAGUUAGUCCGGCAUUGCGGCCGAAAAUUAGCCCUAGCAUUCAACCCCUAAUUCGCGGUGAUGGUAUCAACGCAGAAACGUCAGCUCUUUACCUCGCCUCGAAAUCCAAUUACCAACACAUCAUUGAGGGUACUCUUCUACCAGGCGUCUCGUAUCCAAAUGCGCUGGCGGAAAACCUAAGCUCCAAACGGACGAAUCACAAACUAGCCGAACAGGGUCGUCGAAAUCGCAUCAAUACCGCACUCAAGGAGAUCGAAGGCUUACUGCCACCGUCACUAAUACGAGAGCGUGAAAAAGUAGACAGAGCCGGCGGUGCCGGCGGUGAUGGUGGCAAUGGCGCAACGAACAGCAACACCACCAGCAAAUCAUCCUCUGAUAAGCCAAGUUCAACACAAACGAUCAGCAAGGCAAGCACUGUUGAGAUGGCAAUUGUCUACAUCAAAUCGUUACAACGGGAGCUCUCGGAGACCAAGGAGAAGCUGAAAGUUGCUGAAUCGAAGCUUGCUGAAAAUGCGGAUGGCGGUGGUAAAAGUCCGCAAGACACAGAAAAGAAAGACGAUAAAAGCAUAGCAGAAGGUGAUCCGAAAGCUGCUGCUGCCACUUGA